ACACGAAAUGACGUGCGGCGUGAAAGCGACACUGAAUAAACAGCGCUGUUGAUUUCGGCAGCGAAGGGCGACCCGGCGACGUGAAUUUGCAGGUUUUGGUCCAGCAUCCCGGGCCUCUCGCUUCUUCGGUCGUGUCUAGCGAUCGAUCGAUCGAUCCCUAAGUUCUUGGCGUAGCCAUGGUGGACAGCGUGUACCGCACGCGCUCGCUCGGCGUGGCCGCCGUGGGGCUGCCGGACCAGUACGCGGACGGCAAGGCGGCCAAAGUGUGGCAGCUGUACAUCGGGGACACCCGCAGCCGCACCGAGGAGUACAGGAGCUGGGUGGUGUCGCUGCUCAAGGGCCGCGGCUGCCGCAGGGUGCUGGACGUGGCCUGCGGGACGGGAGUGGACUCCAUCAUGCUGGUAGAGGAGGGCUUUGACGUGAUGAGCGUGGACGCCAGCGACAAGAUGCUGAAGUACGCCCUGAAAGCACGCUGGGAGAGGAGGAAAGAGCCCGCCUUUGAUCAGUGGGUGAUCGAAGAAGCCAACUGGCUCACGUUGCCGGACGACGUGCAGAGGCCGGGAAACGGGUUCGAUGCCGUCAUCUGCCUGGGAAAUUCGUUCGCUCACCUGCCGGACUUCAAAGGAGACCAGAGUGACCAGAAGCUUGCCCUUCACAACAUCGCCAGCAUGGUGAAGCCUGGAGGAGUCCUGAUCAUCGACCACCGGAACUAUGACUACAUCCUGGACACCGGCAGGGCGCCGCAGGGAAAGAACGUCUACUACAAGAGUGACCUCACUCAAGACAUCACCACAUCAGUGCUCUGGGUUAACAGCAAACCCCACAUGGUCACCCUGGACUACACCGUGCAGGUUCCCCAGCUCCCAGGCCAGCAGAGCCCACCUGAGCUCAGCAAGUUUCGUCUGUCCUACUACCCGCACCGAGUGGAAAGCUUCAAAGAGCUGCUUCAGGACGCCUUCCAGGGCAAGUGUGAGCAGAGUGUGUACGGAGACUUCCGGAGCUACGCUCCCGGGCAGGAACCGGCACCCUGCUACUUCAUCCACGUGGUCAAGAAGACCACCUAGGUGACGACCACAUUCACGCGGCUCUCGCUCCCCCUCUCCUCGUCCCCCAGUCCUUCGUUUCUGUUCAGCUCCACCUCUUUGGUGG